UUCACCUGGACACACCUGAACUUCUGUUUCAAAUACGUAGACAAAAUUUAUUUGGAAACAAACCAAACUGAAGGAAGCUACUUUUUUUUGCGUGAUACUCAUUUGUGGGAGAAACAGAAAGUGGACAAAUGUGAGCUUAUGGACACCGUCCUGAGAGAUGGCCUUUGAUAAAUACCUCGAUUAUAUUUACUGAACAGAAAAGCAGCUAACUACAUAAUUCAUGAGAAUGUCUAAGUCCCUUUUCUAGAUUCACUCACAGUGGUCAAGAGCCUACAGGAGCUGACAGAGGAAACCCACAAUCCUGGUCAGGUAGCAGAAGACGGGAAGAUAAACACAGACAUGAACGGAACAACCACAAAGAACCCAGUGGUUGAUAAAGAACCGAGUACUCUGCCAUGGCCUGAAUAUAAGUCUGAUCAUCCUAGUGGGUCGAGGCAAGCGGCGUCUGAUCCUAAACUGGACAGGGUUGAUUCAGACGUGGCCACAGAGAUGGCAAACGUGAAAUCAGAUUCUGCGUCACUCCACGGAAGGUACAGCAUGACGGAGAGCGCGAAAGAGCUGGGCGCAUGGGAGAAGCAGGAGACUGAGGAGGGCCAGGUAGAAAAGGAGCCCUUGGUGCAAGGGGAGCACUUGGAGAUUGAGGUGGAGCUGAACUCCAUGCCAGAGAAGGCAGCAGGGGUGUUCAGCUCUACCGAGGCUGUGUUGCACUCCACUAGCAUGCCUGAGGCAUGCUCACUCAGACAGAAUGCCACCUGCUGGGGGGAGGAGACGGAGGAAAGCCCCUUCCUCAGGCAUUCAGAUACCCUGCCAAAGGGGUAUUCUUCCAACAUGAGCAAUACAUCAACCUGUAGGUGCAUUGGGACCAGACGUGAUGUAGUAAAAGCAGCUGUGGCUGUCCUUAUGGCAGCCCUGAUCUUCCCUGUGCUGGUUUGGGGCGGCUACACUUUCCUGCCCUUCGAUGCUCCUCUGCUGGACAGUGCUCCUCUAAGGCUGGUCUAUACACUGCGUUGCUCAGUCUUUGCGGUCAUCCCAAUUGUGUUAGGUAUUUUGGUGUUGGGUGUGUCCCGUCUGCGGUACUCGUCUCUAAAGCCCCAGUGUGAUGGAGAGCCAGAGAUCGAAGCCGUGUACGUCCACCGCUGUUAUGUCGAAGACUCCAUCUCCCUCUUCCUCCUGUACUUCCUGCAGCUGGGUGUCAUGGCUGCCUAUCUGAGCCAGGAACUGCUCAAGUUGGUGCCUCUCCUCACCAUCAUCUUCGCCUUUGGCAGGCUGGUGUACUGGAUCGCAGCAGUGUGGGGCAGCAGCGUAAGAGGCUUCGGCUUUGGCUUUUCCUUCCUGCCCAUGUUGGCCAUGCUGGUGGCCAACCUGUACUUCAUCUUCAUGGCUGACUCGGCCGGCUCAGUCUUCGCACAGGACGACUUGGGCCCUCUCUAUCUGCUUCCAGAGAAGAGGCAGAGAUUCUGGGGCUAGAGGGGCUAUGCCAGUGCCAGCCAGAAUUGGACAAGAGUUGAUCCAUCUGUGACCCUGUUUCUGAUCUCUAUAAGCUACAACUUCACAGACCAAAGGCCUGCAUACGUAUAACCGUCAGCACGCCACUGCAUUAGGCAGGGGUUUAGAGAGAGAGCCCUUGUAUUGUCUCUGCCUGUCAGUAAUGUGCAAAUGAUGGACACCGCGUUGUGGGUUUACAGAUCAAGUUCUAAUGAUGCAAACAUCCAAACAUUUGGAAAUGCUCCUCCUAUUAAAAGAUUGCACAAAUCUAAUUGGAUUGAAACCAGUAAGUGUCGUGCUCACAAAGGGUUGACAUUUUACCUUAUGACAGCAAACUGCGAUCCAAGAGAAACCAUACACCACUGAACAGUUUUCCCUCCUCACUGCAUCCCACUAGUAUAGCAAAAACAAGGCAAUGGCUAGAGAUCAGGAAGAAUCCUCUCUUUUCCAGCUGAUUGGUUUUGUGAUUUUGGCUAAAUGGAUUGCAUGCUAGAAUAGUUUAGCUAGAUUUGGGUAAAUUAGCUAUAGCGGAGCACCUUACUCUGCUCAAACAGUACAGUAGGGGGACAAAUGAAUAGCGGCCUAUGCCAUCAAAGCAUGUUUUUAAUAUUCUGUAAUUCUGUAAUUUAAUCGUGAAAAGAGUCAACAGGACACCAGUACUUAUUCUUCAGCAUGUAACUUCAAAAAUAAUGUGAGGUGGCAUCAUUUAAGUAUGUAGUUCUAUGGUAUUGCUCAGUAAGGCUUUAACUUCUCAAAUGUUAUGCGACUCUUUCUAGACCAAGUGUAAUAUGUGUUUCUUACUCAUAUCUCCUCUUUCUCUUCCAUUUUUUUCACCAUCGAUUUUGUGUUUAUGGAGAGAAAAGGUGGGUUAGGAGACUGAAUAGUGCUUCGUCGAUCAGGUGCUGGGGGAAACAAAUGUUUAAUUGCCAAAUUAUCCCAAAUAAAAACAAGGUACUGUAAGCUUUUUCAUGAAAGUGGGGGCACUAUUAAUAAACUCUCAACGUGAGAUGCUUUACAGUCUUACAUAGAUGAUAAAUCUGUAUCUAUGUUAAUUAUCCGAACUAGUACACCUACCGCUGCCAAUCUGGAAACACCUGCUGUUUUGUAUUAACCUACCUUGCGUCAUGUCUUGUCGAUUAAGUGCAUUCCAGCAAAAGGAUUGUUUCAUUUUGUUCAAACUAUAAUUCUGUAGGCAAAAGUCAAAAUAGGUUUGAUAUAACUAGCAAUUAAGUGAAGUUUAUAUAGAUUGUAUGUAAUUGCUUUCUAGGGCUGAGACCA